AUGGGAAAAUGGGAUGUUGGAUCACUCCUGACAUCUUACCCUGAGUGUGAAGGACGGGUUCCUGCCCAUGAAGACCCAAGGAUUCUUGCUUCUCAGACUUCUUUCAGUGUUAGUGAGGUUGAAGCACUAUUUCAGCUAUUCAAGAGCAUAAGCAGUUCUCUAGUUGAUGAUGAACUAAUUAGCAAGGAAGAAUUUCUACUAGCUUUGUUCAAGAACAAAUGGAAAAAGAAAUCGUUUGCAAAUAGGAUUUUUAGUCUUUUUGACGUUAAGCAUAAGGGAGUUGUCUUCAUUAUCUUGGAUGAGGCUGAUAUUGGUCUUGUUAUGGGCAUCCAAGGAACUGAAGUUGCAAAACAAAGCAGUGACAUCAUUAUCUUGGAUGAUGAUUUUGCUUCAGUCGUAAAGGUACUGUCUUAUUUUGCUGUGGGAAGCAUAACUACAUUCAUCAUAUUCUUCCAUCAGUUCUUGUCACUUAUAAUUCUUUAUCAAGAGAGAGUAAACAGAAGCUUGAGGAGUUAUUACAGAAGUGGUCUGAAUGGCAUAAUCAACAUCAAUCUUCAUCUCAUGAUUCAAAUACUGAGGUGGAAUCUGGUGAAGGGAUGUAUUUUCCAGCUCUUAAUGUUGGUCUAG